AUUUGGCUUUUGAGAGAUAAUUUAUUGUAUUACUUACUAAUGUUGGUUAAUUCAAUAUGGAACUAAAAAUCUAUAUUAACCAAUUUAUAUAAGCUCUGUCAAUGGGGUUUAUGGUUACUAUGGAGAUUAAUUGGACAACAUAGGUUAACUUAGAAUGUUUAAAACAACAUGUGAUACAAGAAAUGAAAUUAAGCUGAAUAGUCUGUGAUGUCUGAUAAUGAAGAUGAUGUGCAUGGUAAAACUAUAAAAAUUACCCUUGUUGGUGAUCCUGGGACUGGUAAAACAAGCUUAUGCAAUAGAUAUCUUGGUGGUACUGGUAUUACUAGCAGCACUCAUGGAGCAGAGGUAACGGCAGGGCAGUGCCUAGGCCUUCGCCCUCCUAUCCCAUUACAACUGUGUGACGUUGCGGGGAAUGCUUUAAAUACGCCUAUGUUUACUAACUACCUUUAUGCUUCAGAUAUAAUAAUAUUUGUUUAUGAUUUAACCAAUUUACAAAGUUUUGAGAAUUUGGACACAUGGAUUAAAUCUGUAAAUGAGAUUAACAAAGGUGAAGUUAAGAAACCGUUGAUGGCACUUUUUGGUAACAAAUCAGAUUUAGAGCAUCAGAGGGCCGUGAGACUGUCCAGUGUACAGAAGUUUUCUUCCCAACAUUUGCUAGACCAUUUCAAAGGUUCCUCUAGGACUGGAGAAAUGGUAAACGAUGCCUUUACGACUUUAGUCGCUCGUGUCCAAGGCACAAAAGCCAGGUUGAUAUUGGCGCCAGAUAGAAAAUCCCCGUUUAUAUACGAGACUCCAAAGUCCAACGAUCAAGCUCUCAUAAUGAACAGAAAAGCAUUGCGAAAACUUCAAAGGAAGGAGUCUUCUGUCUGCGUAUUGCAAUAAAAAAACUGACAUAUAUUUGUUUUUUUUUUCAACCAAUUAAAAAAAACCAAGUAAAACUGUAAAUGUACACUUUUCAGUGAUUGAAGUUUAUUCUUAUUAAAGUGUUUUGCUGCUUGAGACAUGUAAUAUGUCAUUUUGGGAUAUUGAUAUUUAGCAUUUAUGUACUGUGUUCCAUGGCUAGGAAGUCCUAGUUAUACAAAGUAAAACAGUUACCAUGGCAACAAAUGUCGUAUUACGGCUGUUAAGAGAUUGGUGAGAAUGUGCUUUAAAGUUUUAAGUGACAGUCAAGAACGGUGUAAAUUAUGCAUAACCAGGCUUAUGAAUAACAUCUUAGCAAAUAUUACAGUGCUGUCAUAAUAAUUAUAUAAACCUAGUAUAUAUGAAAGGUAUAGUUGCCAUGUACAGUCAUAUUUUGGUGU